AUGGCAGUUGGCGAACUGAUGUUUGAAGUCAUCAGUAGGGAAGCUCACGAUAUCAGGGGAAUUAACGGCAAUAUAACACUAUUGGGGAGCGCUAGAGACAUAUGGAUGGUUCAUCAGAACGGCCAAAUCAGCAUACCUCCCCGCUCGCACCAGGAACCUACCAGUAACUCGGGGUCUAGUUCUAGAAAAACAGCUCAUGAGAGUUCCGACUGGGAGACAGCGAUUUGUAGUGAAUACAGGAAAAUAUCUAUGAUUUUGAAGGAUCAAAACAAAUGUGAUGAUAUGCUCGCUGAGAGCGGCAUCGGUAUCCUUACGUCUAAAACGGAAUACGAAUUUGCAGGCAUCCUCGAAAAUGACUCUAACUUUCGGCUAUCCCGGGGAGUCCUCGAACGUGUUAUUCGGCGAAUGAGAGAUGUGAAGUCCAGCGUUUCCGCUAACCUUCUGUCAAACGAAGAUGGAGUCAUUCAUAACGUGAUGCGCCAAAGGCGCAAACUUCUCCAACUUACAGCAGACCGGUAUAACGAUACAGAAAAUUUGGAGUGUCUUAUAGAUAAAGGCGUAGGUGUAAACGCCCCAAGUGUGAGUUAUCUUGGAACCGCACUUCAAACCUGUUGCCGAAUACCAACCGCUGCCCUCCCCCCAGGAGUAAAAAGAAUAAAGACCAUACGCAUUCUCGUCGAAGCUGGCGCAACCAUCAACCCUCAGGACCUAGAUGACACAAGGCCACAAUUUACCCCUCUUGACGGCGCAGUCCUCACUGGCGACCUUGCAGUGGCCCGAUACCUCCUAGAAAAAGGGGCUUGUAUCGACCUAGAAACACUGAAAUAUGCUAUCAGCUAUGGAAGAUUGGAUAUGGUAUCUUUGCUUGUUCAAUUCGACAUGAAGUUUCACGCCCCCGCUUUGGAACUUGCAGAGCUAUACAAGGAAAGUGUGAUUCAAGAGUAUCUUGAAGGGAGAAGUUUGGGGCGGGGCCUUUUUGGUGUACCUUCGGAGUUCGUUAUGUUCAGUCGAAUAGAUGAAUUGGAGGAAUAG